GAGUGAACUACAACAGGCCAUCUCAGCUCGUAAUCCAGUUUUGAAAAUCAAGCGGCUUAUCCUCAACAUGUCUCUUUCAAAGCAGGUCAUUCUAAAAGAUAUGAAUAUGAAAUUUGAAAUGAAGGGUAGUGUCAAUGGACAUUACUUCGAGAUCGAGGGUGAAGGAAAAGGAAAGCCUUACGAAGGAAUACAGAAGUCCACUUUUCGGGUUACCAAGGGAGGACCCCUUCCAUUCUCCUUUGACAUUCUGUCGUCAGCGUUCAAAUAUGGAAAUAGAUGCUUCACUAAGUAUCCUGAGGGCAUGCACGACUAUUUCAAGCAAGCCUUUCCUGCUGGGAUGUCGUAUGAAAGGUCAUUUACAUUUGAAGAUGGAGGAGUUGCCACAGCCAGUGGACACAUUGGUCUUGAGGGUAAUUCAUUUACACACAAAUCCAUGUUUCAUGGCGUAAACUUUCCCGCCGACGGACCCAUAAUGGGAAAGAGGACAAUUGGCUGGGACCCGUCCUUUGAGAAAAUGACCGUCUCUAACAACAUAUUGAGAGGUGAUGUGACUAUGUUCCUACUACUCAAAGGAGGCGGUUAUCACAGUUGCCAGUUUCACACUUCUUACAAAACAAAGGCGCCAGUCACACUGCCUCCGAACCACGUUGUAGAACAUCGCAUAGUGAGGACCGACCUUGACGACAAAGAUGGCAAGAAGGUCCUGCUGGAAGAAUAUGCUAAGGCUCAUGUUAACCCUGUGUAACUGGGAUGGAAGUAUUUUCACUACCUCCCCGAAAAUUUCUGACUUCACUAUAAUACGAAUCAGG